UAAUGGGUACGAGCUAGCAGCCUAGCGGUAACGCGCAUAUACUUGCCUGAGAAACGCGGACAGAUUGUCAAAUAUAUGACUAAGUAUCACUCCAGAUACUGAGCUCAACAUUUACUCUGUGUUGCGACUCUCGAGUCUUUCGGGUAUUUAGUAGGUUGUUGUUGUUGUUGUCAGCGUUAGCUCACAGCUAACCUCACCAAAGCAAACGUCAACUGGGGACAAGUUUGUAGACAGCCAUGGGAGGUCUGGGAAACGGUCGUCGUGGAGGAAGGUCCCCCCCUCUAAUGAUUGGCGCUCUCAUUGCCUGUAUCCUGGUUCUGGGCUUCAACUACUGGGUGUCAAGCUCCCGCAACCUGGAGCUACAGACUAAGCUGUAUGAGUUGGAAGGCCAGGUGCGACGUGGAGCAGCAGAGCGAGGAGUAGCGGAGAUAAAGAAGAAUGAGUGUCAGGAAGAGAUCCAGAGACAAAAGGAGCAGAUCAGCCACAUAGAAAGCCUCUUUAAGAGACAGCUGGAAGGAUCUCAGAACACCUGCAGCCAAGAAAAGGGCACACUGCAACAGAACAUUUCCUCCAGUACCAAAACCAUACAGGAACUCAAAGGUCAGUUAAAUCAGCUAAAUGAUGACCUGGGAAAGCUUCAGAAGGAGCUGCAGAGUUGCCAGGGCAACAUCAAAACCCUCAACAACAAACUCACUUAUGACAUGACUCAUUGUCAGUCUCAGGUCCUGUCCCAGAAGGAGUUGUGUGAUGAGAGAGUGGCCGCUGCUAAACUUGAAGUUCAGAAGAAAAUGGAGAAGCUCAUCUCUCCUUCAGGCGUCUCCCCACAGGAAAACGCUGUGGAUGGAGCAGCGGGAGAGGGCGGACCAGUCAUGACUAGGGAUGAUGCGGUGAAGACAGUAACUGUUGUAAGCCACACACCAAGCCCCUCUCAGCCCAAAGGAAAUGAUCCACCCGAACUACUGACAAAUGAGAUCAUUGUGGACAGACAAGAUGCCCCAGUAGACCCGUCUCCAGGGAGGGACAUCUCCAAAGUAGAGUCCCAGUCUGCUCCCUCAGCUGCUGCAGUCAAGCAGGACAUUUUGCUCCCACCAGAGGGAGCUGUUGAAACAGAGGAGGGUGAGGCAGAGACCAAGGAACCUAUGAAGAAUAACCUGACCGAAGACAAAGACAUGGAGGUGAUGGAUGCUCAUGAGGAGGGCGCUCAGACAGAAGGUAGAGGGCCACCGUCCACUGAAAGCAAGGCAGACCCUGGGAUGGAAGGCAUGUUGAUUGGCCGGGAGAAAGCAGAUGAGACUCCUAUUGGACACAAACUUGCGGAGCCAGAAGAGUAUGAUGCAGACGAGCAAGUUGAUUUGAGUGACGUCGAUUUGGAGAAACAACAGCAGAGUAAACGUGCUCAAAAUAUAGACAAGGACAUGGAGGAGGAGCUGGCUGACUAUAACGGAGACGAUGAGAACGAAGGCGAGUUUGAAGCAGACAAACAAGCUGAGCUUGCUCAAAUCUAAGAGCUGGAGUUGGACAAGGAGCCUGCACACCACAAAAGGAAGCAGGACAUCCCUACCCCUCAGCACUAUACAGGUUAAUGCAGCCCCCCAAACACACAGUGGGGGGCUGCAUUAACAGCCCCCCACUGUGUGUUUGAACACAAAACAAACCCAGAUGGUUAUCUAUGUAAGAGUUAUGACAGUUGAUUUUAAAAAGCAUUUGCUUCCUGAAAUGUUUUUUUUAUUUUUCUAAUCUUAAUUGAUUUCUGUGCAUUUAAUUUGAUUAAAUGUUUUCUGUAUUAGAGUUAGAAUAUUUACCACUCCAUGUUCAACUCACAAUAUGCUGAAGGAGCCACGAAAAACGUCUGAAAUAUGCAAAUGUCAGCCAAGCUUGAACGCUCAUGUUGUCCAUUCACAUGCAUUUCACUGUAAAAAUGAAACCCCACGGUGCUUUUAUGGUGGUGACUGUGGUCAUAUUUAUUUCAGUAUGUUUAGGUGAUAUGGAAGUACUCGGUACUUCCAAGUACCAUCUCCUAUUUAGUUCUAGUAUUUCUUAAACGCAACUUAAGACAUCUCAAGACUUGACACCAGUUGGCUUGCAAAAAAUGAACAUUUCAGCGUCCCUGGAAAUCAGUUGAUUUUGAUUAUGUGACUAGAUGUUUGUUUAUGUUCACUCCGUAAUGACUGUAUCUUACAUUUGAAAUAUAAGUGAGGAUAAUGUGCACAGCCUCAUCGGGUUAUGAGGUGUGAAUUACUGUAGUAAGUGCAAAUCAUCUAAGUGAUUGCGAUGACAAAGCUCUGCAGCACAGGCUCAACAGUAUCUUAAACUAAGCCUUAAGUUCCUCUUUUACACAGUCGCUCAUAGAAAGGAUACUGGCUUUGUGUCAAUGGUCAGGACAUUUUGCUCUCCAAAAUGUCUGUCAGUGAACGCAAGUGAGGCCUUCCAUUACUGCAGAAAAUUAAGCAAUUGGGCUGAAAUUCUUUUUAGACUGCUGAGUCCAAGUGUGGACAAUGAAAACAGAAGUUUUUUUUGAUUCCCAUGUAGCCAAAGAUGCUGUGAAAAGUAAGAUUGGCUUAAUAGACAUGCCACAUAACAAACAGGCAAUGUCACCUUCUGGAUGAUAUGCUGACUACUAACUGUCAGGUUUUAAACAUACUAUAUGAUAAUUGCUGUAACUUGACAUUUUGAUCAAUGAGCAAUCAUUUCUGAAGCGUUUUAUUGGCAGCAGGUCUUUUCUUCUCAGCUGUAAUCAACAGUGUGACAAUGUUGAAUGUGAGCUAUGCUCAACAUUUGGGAUCGGUAAGACAGAAGAACAGUUUUCUAUAAUAAUGAAGGGGAUAGUUUGGAACUCCUGGAUGAUAUUAGGGGGUCCAAAAUCUCUUGUUUUGACGCAUGCCUUAUUGAAAUGGCCUACACCAAUUUCCCCCUCCAGUCAGUUGCUUCUGACACUUUGGAGGUUGAUUGUGGAGCCGUGGUUCAUGCUUACGGAUUUUGGAACUAUUCUUUGUGGAUACUGCUUCUGGUCUGCUGGUUUGAAUGGACUGUAUAUUUUGUAGAGAGGACAUUUCCAUGAAGCAGGAACAUUGUGUUGUGCUGUAGGGUUCCUGCAAUCCAGCAGAUGUGAACUACUUUGUCGCUGUGCUGAAGGGUUUUAGUCUGUUCAAAUAGAGCUGCACUAGACUGGAAAUUGUGUGGGUGAGCGUAGACACAGAGUAAUAUCAGGCUUUAGAAAUGACAAGAAGGUAGUCAAUUUUGUGGCGGGAUCUUUUGUUGCCUCGUGUUAUAUACAGGACAGAUGCUUUUUUCCCCGAACUAACUGAAUACCCACAGUUACUCAAAAUGUUGUUGUUUUAAAUGCCAUCAUUUCCAUAAUGCUUUGACUUAUCAUCAACAGUCUGUUCCUGAAUCAUGUGCUAUUUCCAACAUCUUCAACAGCACUGUUUCAAGCUCAGGCUGGAGCUGCUCGGCUUCUUACGUUUCUCAUUACAAUUAUGGCUGCCAGGCAUCAUUAAAUCCCACAGACCCUACUUAAUAUACAAGUAAAGAUCUGAGUUGUCUGACAUGUGCUGAAUUCUUGCAAAAUAUCUACAAUGAUAAAAAUCACAAGACUAAGAGAGUUUCCCUUAUGAUGUAAAAGUU